AUGAUUUCUGUAGAUGAGCCUAUUGCAAUCAUUGGCUUGGCAUGCAGAUUUCCCGGCGGCUCUAAUUCUCGCGAUAAGUUUUGGGAGCUGUUGAGUCAACCUCGGGACAUUGCGAGGGAGUUCAGUGCUAAACGAUUGAACUUGGGGCGGUUUUACAAUGCCAAUGGCGAGACACACGGAUGCACAGAUGUCCAAGGGAAAUCGUACCUACUUAAAGAAGACUGUCGCCUCUUUGACGAAGGCUUCUUUGCCAUCAACCCGGCAGAGGCGGCGGGCAUGGACCCUCAGCAGCGAAUGUUACUCGAGGUGACGUACGAGGCAUGUGAGAGUGCUGGGGUGACGCUUGAGCAGCUCAAGGGGUCCUUGACCUCGGUCCAUGUCGGGGUCAUGAGUAACGACUAUUCGGUUAUCCAAAGCCGCGACACGGAAACGAUGGCAAAGUACAACGCCACGGGGACUGCCAACAGUAUCCUCGCAAACCGCGUUUCAUACGCAUUUGACCUCAAGGGCCCGUCUGUGACUAUCGAUACGGCAUGUUCGAGUUCUCUGGUGGCACUCCACUAUGCUGUUCAGGGCCUUCGUACUGGCGAAAGUGACAUGGCUAUUGUCGGCGGCACCAACCUCCUCCUAGACCCAACGCCCUAUAUUGCAGAGUCGAAACUGCACAUGCUAUCGCCUGACUCACGGUCGCGUAUGUGGGAUAAAGCGGCCAACGGGUAUGCGCGUGGUGAGGGCAUCGCUGCAUUGCUGCUGAAGCCGCUCGGGGCGGCGCAGCGAGACGGCGAUGCCAUUGAUGCCAUUAUUCGCAGUACUGGCGUGAAUUCGGAUGGCACAAGCCAAGGCAUCACCAUGCCGUCUGCCAGGGCACAGACGGAUCUCAUCCGCCAAGUGUAUCGCCGGGCGGGACUGGAUCCUGUCCACAAUGGGCCGCAAUACAUUGAGUGUCAUGGGACAGGCACGCAGAGCGGUGAUCCGGUCGAGGCGCGCGGCGUCUUUGAUGCAUUCUACUGCGACGAGACGACGGGCAAGGCGAGGGACGAUGGGGAGACGAUUUUUGCUGGAUCCGUCAAGACCGUCAUUGGCCACCUAGAAGGCUGCGCUGGGCUCGCCGGUGUCAUCAAAGUGGUGGCCAUGCUCCAGCACGGCAGCAUACCACCCAACCUGCAUUUCAGCGAGGUCAACCCCAAGAUUGCACGCUACCACGGGCCCGGAGCACUGGUGGUGCCCACGACGCUGUUGCCGUGGCCCCAACUGCCACCGGGCGCACCGAAGCGAGCCAGCGUCAACAGCUUUGGCUUUGGCGGCACCAACAGCCAUGUCAUCCUCGAGAGCCCUGCGGCGGCAGAGCUGGGCCCGGCACAGGACUCGGCCGGGGGCGUCGUGGGUCCGCUGCUCUUGUCGGCCAACUCGGGGCCCGCGUUGCUGCGCAGCGUGCGGUCACACCUCGAGUACCUGCAGCGGCAUGCCGACGUGCCUGUGGGCAACGUGAGCAGGGUGCUCCAGACGCGGCGCUCGACGCAUCGCGUGCGUGUGUCGUUCACAGGCGCCACGCGGCAGCGCAUCGUCGAGGCCAUGGCCGACUUUGUGGCCAGUCACGUGACGUCGCCGCCCAGCGACAUUGGCACCGUGGCACGGCUGGUCAACCCCAAGGAGGCGCCGGGCAUCUUGGGCAUCUUCACCGGCCAGGGUGCGCAGUGGGCGACCAUGGGCCGCGAGCUGCUGCGGGCGUCGCCCGUGUUCCGCCGCAGCGUCGAGGCGUGCGAGGCGGUGCUGCGCAACGACCUGCUGCCCGGGGAUGCGCCCGCGUGGUCGCUGGUCGACGAGCUGGUCAAGGAGGCGGGCGAGUCGCGUGUGCACGAAGCGGCCGUGGCGCAGCCGCUGUGCACGGCGCUGCAGAUUGGCCUGGUCGACGUGCUGGGCGCGGCGGGCGUUCGGCUUGGCGGGGUCGUGGGCCACUCGUCGGGCGAGAUUGCGGCUGCCUACGCGGCCGGCAUCCUCUCAGCCCGAGCCGCCAUGCAGAUUGCCUACUACCGCGGCUUCUACGCCCACGUGUGCGGCGGGCGCGACGGCGUCAAGGGCGGCAUGCUGGCCGUCGGCCUGUCCAUGCAGCGCGCCCAGCAGCUGUGCAGCCAGCCGGCGUUGCAGGGCCGGCUGGUCGUGGCGGCCAGCAACGCGCCGCAGAGCUGCACCCUGUCGGGCGACGUAGAUGCCGUCGACGCGGCCAAGCAGCAGCUGGACGGCGAGGGCGUCUUUGCGCGCCGGCUGCUCGUCGACACGGCCUACCACUCGCACCACAUGCAGGCCUGUGUCGCGCAGUACGCGGCGGCGCUCGACAAAUGCAACGUGCACGUGACGGCGCCCCGGCCCAGCGGCCCCAUAUGGACGUCGAGCGUGCGCGGAGACGCGCGGCUGCUGCGCGGCAACCUGGCGGCGCUCCAGGGCCCCUACUGGAUCGACAACAUGGUGCAGACGGUCAAGUUCUCGCAGGCCGUCGAGGCGUCCCUCUGGAGCGGCGGCGGGCCGUGGGACGUGGCGCUCGAGAUUGGGCCCCAUGGCGCGCUCAAGGGCCCCGUGGCGCAGACGCUCAAGGCCGCGUUUGGGGCCGCUCCGCACUAUGCCAGUCUGCUCGAGCGCAACAAGAACGACGUCGAGGCCGUGCAAGCCGCCAUUGCCCACGUCUGGACGCAACUGGGGACGGGCCAUGUCGACUUUGCAGGCUACCGCCGCAGCUUUGGCGACCACACGCCGUCGUCGAUACUCCGGGGCCUGCCGACGUAUGCAUGGGAUCACGACCGGGUGCACUGGCGCGAGUCGCGCUCCUCGAUGCGCUUCCGUACCCAGCCCCAUGCAGGCCACGAGCUCUUGGGCCGCCGCGUCGCCGACGACAACAACCACGAGUUGCGAUGGCGCAACAUCCUCAAGCUCGACGAGCUGCCAUGGCUGCGCGGCCACGACGUGCUCGGCGCCGUCCUGCUGCCCGCCGCCGCCUAUGUGUCCAUGGCAGCCCAGGCGGCCUCUCAGCUGGCCGCCACCCUCGCCCCCCACGGCCCCCCCAUGCACCAACUAUCCGUCGAGGACAUGGACAUUCUGCGCCCCAUUGCUGUCCCAGACCAUGGCGACGGCAUCGAAACGCUCUUUACCGUCCAUGUGCUGUCGUCCGACGCGAGCACAAGCACCAGCCGGCUGCUGCGUGCACGAUUCUCCUACUACUAUGCCGCCCACGACAGCACCAGCACCGCCGAAGCCAUGAUUCACACGUGUACGGGCACAAUGGUCGUCCGCCUUGCCUCUGCUUCUGCCAAUGGCGGCUGUCCCCUGCCACAGCGACAAUCGCUUCCACACAACCUGGUCCAAGUCGCAAGCGAGCCCAUCUACGCCAUGUUCCGGCACAUGUCGCUCAACUAUACCGGCGCAUUCCAAGCCAUCACCGAGAGCCACCGCUGUCUCGGCUACGCGGCCUCGACCGCCGCUUGGCCCACCGGCUCGCCCGUUGCGCCUACUGCACUGUCGCACAAUCACUAUGUCGUGCAUCCCGCCAUGCUCGACGUAGCUUUCCAGUCCUUGUUCGUCGCACACACGCAUCCUGCAACCCAGCAAGCAAAGUCGGCGGCGCCGCUGCUGCCGUCGCACAUUGAUCGAGUCAUCAUUGAUCCUCAGCAAACACUCGCCAGCAGCAACAGCACCUCUGUCGCGUGCAAGUUUGACGCCUGGGUCGUGUCGGCCACAAGAGCGCGACUGGAAGGUGACAUCAACAUCUACCAUGAUGUGUCGGGCCAAGCACUGAUUCAGAUCGAGGGCCUGUCCGCACGAGCAGCCGACGGAGGUCAAAGCGCCUCUCUCGACAAACAAGUCUUUUGGAAAACCGUCUACGGUCAUGAUGCAUCACUUGGCGGGCUGCUGGCUCCCCCACAUGACAGCUCGGCAGUCGCUGAUGAUGCCAUCGCCCAGCUGCUCAAACAAAUCACCUUCAAGUUCCCACGCUGCAAGCUGCUGGAAAUGGGCAACGGUACCGGCCAGACCACCACGGCACAGAGCAUCCUGAAUCUUGUGCAAGACCUGUAUGAAUCGUACACAUACACCGAUCCAUCUCCACAGGUCCUUAGUACUGCUGCUGCUACGCUGGCCAAUUUCGAAAGGACAGCAUGCAAGACGCUAGACAUUUCCCAAGACGUGCAUCCACAGGGCUUCAAUGCUCAUUCAUACCAUGUCAUCAUCGCACCCCAAGUGCUGUCUGCAAUCUCUACUACUACUACCACAAGAUUAGACGACAUUCUUGACAGGGUCCGCAUGUUACUGCGUCCUGGCGGCUACCUGGUCUUAUCAGAGAUGACCGGGAGUCCGAGUACCACGGCCAACAACGACGGGUCAAUGCUCUCACCAGGCGAGUGGCAUAGGCAGCUCCGUACGUCUGGAUUUUCCGGCGCUGAAACCAUCGCCUAUGACAAUGUAGAUGAGAGCAGGCAUUUGUACUCGUGCAUCGUGACCCGGGCUGUCAAUGACGACUUUAUGCGUCUUGUCAAGCCACUGCCGCCUCCUGCAUCCAUGUCUACCCGACCUCUCAUCGUCAUCGGAGGCCGUGGUCUGUACAGCAGCAAGAUGAUUGAAGAAAUGGAAAAUCUUUUGCCAUCAUCUUGGCGGCAGUCGGGCUUGAUACACAUCGUUCCUAGCAUUGACCAUUUCACUAUGCACGACGGACUCGAGGGUGUAGCAGUCGUCGACGUCAUAUGCUUCCAAGACGUGGAUGAGGCCGUGUUUGCACAACUACCCGUGACCAAGACUCGGCUAAAAAAGCUUCAAUUGCUCAUGAUGUCGGCUGCAAAUCUCCUAUGGGUCACUGGUGCAGGCACAUCACUCGAUCCACGCGCUAGCAUGAUUCUCGGUAUCGCCCGUGUGGUUCCAGUCGAGAUGCCACAUCUCACCAUGCAAGUGCUCGGGCUUGAGAUGGGGGCCAACAUGGGCCCGGCUGCACAUGCCAGGCACUGUACCGAGGCAUUGCUACGUCUCCGCUACACGGGCGAACUCAAGGCCAAGGCGCUGGACAAGCAGUCGAGCCCAGGCGGCAUACUCUGGGCCAUUGAGCCCGAGUCGGAAAUAUUGGCAGAUGGCACCAUCCGCAUUCAGCGUUUGGUGCUGGAUAUCGAGUUGAAUCAGCAGUACAAUGCGAAAUCGCGUACCAUUGUCAAGCCUGUCAAAACAACAACCAACGCCAUGGUUCGCACCAUUGUUCCAAAGGGGGCAUCUAAGAUGCAGCUCCAGGCUGUGCAUGAGCCUCUGUCCUCGUCCUCUCUAGAUUCCAGCAAAGAUAUCAUCCAAGUCCGCAUCCAACAUACCAUCCAUAUCCCGUCGCACUCUGACCAUGGCCAAGAACUUUACCUAGUCUGCGGCCAGCAGGUGCCAAAGGAGCAGGGUCAGCAGCUUGGACAUGCUGUCAUGGCUCUGAGCCAUGUCAAUGCCUCAAGACUACUUGUGGAAUCGGACAAGUUGAUCCAUGUUGCGUCGGAGCACCUGACGCCAAAAAGCCUAGAGCAUGUGGCUGACAAUUUGCUACGAUUUGCCAUUGUCAAUCGGGUUCAGUCGUACGCGUCAGCCAACCCAACUGCUGCGCCGCUGCAUGUUCUUUUGGUGCAACCAGAAGUUAAUAUUGCAAACACGCUUCAUGCUGAGCUCACUCAGGCAGGUCAUCAAGUAUACUGUGUGUCGUGGAAAACAGACGCUGACAUUCCUGAUGGCUGGAUCCGGCUGCACGCAAACAUGUCCAGUCGUAUGGUUUGGCAGUGCUUGCCGUCAUGCAGCAUUGAUUUGUUGGUCGACUGGCCCAUGAAGCCUAGUGAACGUAUCAACGGCAGUGAACAUUUGCGCAAAUUGCUUCCACUUGCGCAUGAGACGUGUCAUGCUGGGGCCGAUCUCCUUUGGGAUAUUUUCCACAAAAAUGGUUCUUGUUUGGCGACUCUGUCCGCGGCUGCGGAUAUCAGAGCAGAAGACAUAACAAAACUAGGCCAAAUAUCUUGCAAUUGCCAGAUCAAGGAAGCAGGUGAACUAAGUGGCGCAGACGCUACCAGUCUUGCCUACCAGCGGUACAUCACCGACUGGAGCCAUCCACAACCUCUUCCUCUAACAGUACAGCCUUUGCAUGUUCGUCUCCUUGGCCUCCUGCGGUCUGAUCGCACCUAUCUGCUAGUGGGUAGCUCCAAUGGACUAGGCAUUUCCCUGUGCCAAUGGAUGUUGAGCCAGGGCGCCAAGCACAUUGUCAUCACUAGCCGCCAUCCAAAAGAGAAUGCUCAACUGAAUCAAGCGGCACAUCGCCUUGGGGCAUCUGUCCAUUUUAUAGCCAUGGAUGUCACACAGCGGGACCAGGUUCUUACGGUCGUGGGCGACAUUCGCAGAACCAUGCCGCCCAUCGCCGGGGUAUGCAACUUGGCCAUGGUGCUCAACGACAAAAUGUUUCGUGAAAUGUCGGUUUCACAACUCAACACCACUUUGGAGGCCAAGGUAAUUGGUACCGAGAUCCUCGAUCAAGUUUUUGACAGCACCACCGCUGCUGCUGCUAAUCCACCGCUCGAUUUCUUUGUUCUCACAUCAUCCUUGGCGAGCGUCGUUGGUAACAUUGGCCAGGCCAAUUACCACUCUGCCAACUUGUUCAUGGCUAGUAUCAUGGAGAAGCGCCGCUCGCGUGGUUUAGCGGGUUCAAUCAUUCAUAUCGGCUGGAUUGCUGAUACAGGCUACGUCGCCCGCUCGGAUAAAAAGCACCAACUUGCAGACCAUUUUCAAAGCAUACGUUUCAUUCCUCUCUCCGAAACAGACGUACAGGAAGCUUUCGCACAAGCCAUACAGACAAGUAAACCUAGACAUCAUCCCAACUCUGAAUUGCACGGCCAUGCGCAGAGUUACGAAAUCACCAUGGGCCUUGAGCUGCCGACCGAACCAAUGCAAGAAAACCAAGCUAACAAGGCCUUAUGGGUAUCAUCUCCACGACUCAUGGCCUUGGCACCGUACACAACCUCCUCGCCAUCUUCGACGCAGCAGCGACCUGGACAAGACACUCUCCUAAACAGUAGUCUAAAGCAGCAAAUCAGCAAGGCUGAGACGGCAGAAACAGCUGCGGCGGUUGUAGCGUCUGCUUUUGCAGCUAAGCUUGAGACUAUCCUAGCGCUGCCGACCGGUUCUGUUCAAGCGGAUCUCGAGCGGCCCAUUGUCGAAUUCGGCAUAGACUCACUUAUUGCCACUGAAAUACGAACCUGGCUUCUCAACGACAUAGACAUUGAUGUGGAUAUAUUCAGCAUAUUGGGUGGCGAUAGUGUGAUGCAGAUUUCUGUUCAGGCGACUAAGACGAUGUGGACCGGCAGCACUAGUGCAAAGGGAAAGCCAGCCAAAGAUGAUGAAAGCGUUGUUUCGCCUUCAACUUCAGCUUCCGCUACGGCCGCAGUCGAUCUCAUCGAUUCGGCGUCUUCAUCGUCUCAGUCCCUUGGUGAUAUGGCAAGCACAUCCUUCGCCCUAUCCCAUGAGGAUGCUUCCAUCACUUCAGACCAAUCAAGUUGUAAGGAAGACGGACUAGUGCCAGAUAAUGGCAAAAACAAACAGGAGAAAAUCAUGGCACGUCCAACCAUCAUCCGCGAAGCACCAAUGUCUGCAGCUCAGUCGCGGAUUUGGUUCAUCUCUAACCACCAUCGAAAUCCGGCAGCACAAACAAACGCGCUGCACUACCAUGUUCAGGGAAAUCUUGACACGGUUCGGCUACAGCAAGCCUUUCAAAUGCUGGCUCACCAACACGAAAUCCUUCGCACAUGCUUCUACUCUCGUCUCGAGGACGGCCACCCCAUGCAGGGCAUCAUGGCUAAAUCAGCCAUUGAACUGACCAUUGUGCAUGAAAAGGAUCAACAUAGCGAUGGAAACGAUGAAUACUAUGCCAAUCUCCAGGACACCAUCUCUGCGAUGAAAUCUCGCGCAUGGGGUCUAGAGCAAGGGCGGACUAUGGAAAUCAUUUUGCUUUGCCGGAAUGCAACCGAGUAUGAUAUGGUUAUCGGGUAUCAUCAUAUUAUCAUGGACGGCUGGAGCAUGUCCAUAUUCUUGCGGGACAUGGAUCGAGCAUACAAGAUGCAAUCCUUUGACGCAGUUUCUCACGUCUCGUAUGUGGACUAUUCAAUCCAUGAACUGAGCGAAGAAAAAGUGGGCUCAUUCGACAAGGAUAUUGCCUUUUGGCGAUCUGAGUUUGAAAACUUACCGAACAUUCUCCCUCCACUCCCCAUGGCCCGCCGACUUGAAAGGUCUAGUACUACUGCUACUGGGAAAGAGAGCAGCAGCAGUCACUACCUUGACGAGUGGCUAAGUCCGAUUCAAUUUGUGGCGCAAAAGGACCUUUGCAAGCGAUUGCAUAUUAGCUCCUUUCAUCUUCACCUUGCUCUCUUACAGGUGCUGCUAGCUCGUCUAGCUGACAUUGAAGAUGUGUGUGUGGGCAUCGUCGAUGCCAACCGUAGAGACGUGCGCUUUUGGGAUACGAUGGGGUGUUUCGUCAAUAUGCUGCCUCUUCGCUGUAAUGUAUCCCGCACGACUACCUUUGCACAGGUUGCCAUGCAGGCUUCUCGAAAGUCGGUAGAUGUCUUUUCACAUGGCAAUGUGCCCUUUGAUCGCAUACUUGAUCACCUCCGAGUCCCGCGGAUGUCGGGUACCAAUCCGUUGUUCCAGGCUGCGAUUAACUACCGCUCAAGUCUGGGGAAUAUCGACAUCCUAAACUCGCCGCUAGGCGAUGAUUGCAGAAUGCACUUGUCUGCUAGAGAGGUAAAGGAAGCGGAAAACCCCUACGAUGUGAGCAUGGGCUUUCUGGAGACCCCGACAAAGUGCCUACUUCAGGUGUGGUGUCGUGACGACUUGUAUAAUCAGAAUGCAUGUGAGACGAUACUAUACUCAUAUCUUCGCCUGCUCGAGUCGGUUGCUCGUGACCCCGACGUGCCAGUGGCAAAGAUAAUGCUACACGCAGACACCGAAGUGAGCCAUGCCCUUCAAAUAGCAAAGGGCCCAGUGAUGGAUUUUGGCUGGCCAACGACACUAUCACAGCGUGUGCAGGACAUGUGCCUUCUCUAUCCCCAACGACAAGCUCUGACAGAUACAUAUGGCGAGGAAAUUUCGUAUGGUCAGUUGUCGAAUAGGAUCAGCCAUGUCGCCCAGAAGAUACAGGAUGCAGGAGCACAUGCUGGAACUCGAGUCGCCAUCUUGUGCGAGCCAUCAGCGGAUAGUGUGGUCGCCAUGUUAGCAGUCCUCCACAUGGGAUGUGUAUAUAUCCCGCUCGAUACGAGUCUGCCUCCCUCCCGUCAUGCAGACAUGAUACACAGCUGCAAACCAACGCUAUUGCUCUGCCAUCUGAAAACAGAGUUACGCGUGAAGGAGCUGUCGAGGGCCUUUGUUGACAUGCAAACCGUUCGGUUAGGCCCUGUCGACGAUGCUGUCAGUUGUGAUGAUGACAAAGGACAAGUAGAGCCUUCCGUUCUGCCUGUGGUUCCGGAGCCAGAGGCACCAGCAAUCUGUCUCUUCACCAGUGGCUCCACUGGUAAGCCCAAGGGAAUCCUCUUGACUCAGGCCAACUUCAUCAACCACAUUGCUGUUAAGACGCAUCAGAUGGGGCUGCAGCAAGAAUGCGUACUGCAGCAGAGUUCUCUUGGUUUCGACAUGUCUCUCAUACAAAUCUUUUCGGCCCUUGCGAAUGGCGGUCGCCUUAUCAUCGCCGGCCCAGACAUCAGGCGAGACCCAAUAGAGCUGAGCAACCUCGUGUUCCAUGAGCGCAUCUCGAUGACAAUCGCCACGCCUACAGAGUACCUAGCAUGGAUCAACUGUGCCGCAAACGUGCUUCGCCAAAAUUUGGCCUGGCGGUUUGCCUUUUCAGGUGGCGAAAAGAUCCCUAAUCAGCUCAUAAUCGAAUUACGCCGUCUCAAUCUGCCCAACCUCAGUUUGACUAAUUGUUACGGACCUACCGAGACGACAGCAGCAGCUACCUUUCAAAGUAUCUCAUUGGAACCACAAGUGCAAACGGGCUUCUCGUGUAUCUCGUCGGUGGAUCCGGGGCCCUGGUCUCAGUAUGCAGUUGGAAAAGCAUUGCCCAACUAUUCACUCUGUAUUAUUGAUGCUGCUGGACACCCGCUACCAACUGGAUACACUGGAGAGAUCUGCAUAGGGGGUUCAGGCGUGGCUCUUGGCUAUCUUGGCCAGCCUGACGAAACCAAUGCCAAAUUCGUCAAUUACAUAAUGGUCAAGCCUCGUAUGUCUGAGACUGAGGGUAGUCAUGGCAUCAUGUACCGGACUGGCGACAAAGGACGCCUUCUAUCCGACGGUACACUUUUGUUCCUGGGACGACUGGGAGGUGACACGCAAAUCAAAUUGCGGGGACAAAGGAUUGAAUUGCAAGAAGUUGAGAUGGCUGUGUUGCAGGCGUCGGAGGGGGCCCUUGCAUCCGUCGUUGUCUCUCUCCGCAAUGACGUACUGAUCGCUCAUGGCACGCUCUCAAAGCUCCCUCUUGAGUGCAAUCAGUCGGAUUUGACUCAGCGUAUUCUACGUCGUGUCAUGCUACCACAGGCUUUCAUCCCAGGUGCUCUAUGUAUAAUAGAUGCACUUCCAAGGACACCAAAUGGCAAGCUCGAUCGCGAGGCCAUCGCGAAGCUUCCAUUGGAACGAUCAGAAAAAGAUGACAAUGCAACUUCAAACAGCACGGAAAAGAUGAGCGUUCGCGAGGGGGAGCUGCGUCUUCUAUGGGAACGUGUGUUACCUAAAUUUGAUGAUGUGCGUCUUGGUCCUUCGUCCGAUUUCUUCAUGUGCGGUGGCAACUCGAUGCUACUCAUGAAGCUCCAGAACGCUAUCAAGGAGACUACCGGACUGCAGAUCAGCACAAGACAUCUCUACGAGUCGAGUACGUUGCGCGCCAUGGCCCAAUGCGUUUUCAACAAAGCAGACCUUGCGGCGACUGAGCAUGACGUUGGUCCAAUAGACUGGGCAAUUGAGACAUCGGUACCGGUUUCGCUGCACCAGAAGAUUCAAGCAUUGACGAGCAAUCUAUUUUCCGGAGUCGUUGCUUCAAGUACAGAGGGCAUUGAAAUUUUGUUGACUGGAGCAACAAGUUUUCUUGGCAGCCAUCUCUUGCGCUCUUUUAUUGCAUCGUCCAGCGUCAAAACGGUACAUUGCGUCACAGUGCCAGCUGAUGAACAAGCCAGUCUUCCUCAGGAUAAUACCAAGGUCGUUUACUAUAACGGGAGUCUGCUUUCACCUUCACUAGGUCUUACAACCCAAGAGUGCAUCACGCUUGAGCAGACUGUUCAAGUCAUUGUGCAUGUGGGCGCACACGGGCACUGUCUCAACCGUUUCGACUCAUUGCGUGUACCUAACCUCCAUUCUCUGCAUUUCCUAGCCUCGCUCGCGUUGCCACGGUCUGUACCAUUCCUCUUCCUCUCAAGCAGUCGUGUUGUGCAUCUUUCAGGCAAUACGGCGCCAAUCCCGGGUUCAAUGAAGUCCACUACACCUGCUGCAGAUGGAAAAGAUGGGUACACGGCGAGCAAGUGGGCUGGUGAGGUAUUUUUGGAAAAUUUAGUGGAUCAUUUGAAUGACACACAGAUGCAGCAGCAACAUCAAAACCAGAUGACUAGGUCUGGUUCCUGGCGGCCCUCGCUCAAAGUUGAGGUCCAUCGGCCUUGCACGCUAGCUAGCGAUCAGGCUCCCAAUUCUGAUGCUAUGAACGCUAUCCUACGCUACUCACGAAGUAUGCACUGUGCGCCCCGCUUGAAGCGAGCGGAAGGAUAUAUGGAUUUUGCGCCUAUAGAGAAUGUCGUUGCGAGCAUCACGGACGCAGCACUGGACUUGGCCAUGACGACAAGGCAACCUCUGCCUAAAAACCCAAUGGGCGAUGCAUCUUGGACUAAAUGGGCGGAGAUCACGUUCCGACAUCACUCAGGCGGCAUCAAGUCGCCUAUGGGCGAUUUCAAGGCGCAUUUGGAGAGGGUGUAUCAAGGCACGUUUGAGGAGGUAGAUAUGCAAGAGUGGGUGGUGAGAGCUGCGCAGCAUGGAUUAGAUCCAUUGAUUGUGGCGUAUAUUGAGGCUUUGUUGGAUAGCGGUAUGCCUAUUGUUGGUGCGUAUAUGGGAGAGAAGUAGGGCACUGCAUUUUUGUUUCCAUUACUUUUCAAACGAAAAGUACAAUUCAAAGUUU